UAUGUGGACCAAUUUCAGAACUGCUUCCCCUGAUUGUCUUCCUGCUCUGCAGGAUCCACACCUUACUGCACAGCAACAGGAGUUGUGGUAGGGAGGGACGGGAGAAAUGGAAAAAUAAAGACAAGGAUCUCUGUCUUGAGGGGGGUGAAGUAACAUAGAGAACGGAGAGAAGACCCCAGAGACUACGCUGUGAGGUUUUGGGGAGAAUAGGAUCUCUAUUGGAGCCAGUUUUCAUCCUCAUCUCCUUUCUCCUCUCCAGGAAAAAUGAAGCUGACUCUGGUGCAGAUCUUCUUCAUGCUGCUGCUGCUGCUGCUGGGCCUGGGGAUGGGACUGGGCCUGGGGCUUCACAUGGCCGCAGCAGUCCUGGAAGAUAGUGAUCAGCCACUGAAUGAGUUUUGGGCCAGUGACUCCCAGGACAAGGCUGAGGCUGUUGAGGAGGGAGAGGGCACCCGUAACACAGAAACUCUGGUGCUUAGCAACCGAGGACUAGCACAAGCUGGCUGGCAACCAGAAGACACAAUCUUCAAUGAAGAUGAGGUUGGGGACAACAAGAUGCUCAGGGUUGAUGUUCUCUCUCAGAGUAGUAAAGAGUACCUUAGGUAUGACCUUCUCUCCAGGGAAUGCAAUGCCAUGAUGGCUCACAAGAUAAAGAAGCACAACCAAACUUGCAUAACCCAGUACACAUUUCUCCAUGAGGAUGAAGACACGGUCAAGGCUGUCUGUAACAGUCCAGUCAUUGCCUGUGAGCUCAAAGGGGGCAAGUGUCACAAAAGCCCUCGCCCCUUCAGUUUGACACACUGCAAGUUGUCCAAACCAGGCCAGGUCACUCCUCACUGCAGCUACCUAACUUUCAUUUUUGAAAAGUACAUUGUUAUAACCUGUAAUGACAUGAAGCUCCAGUUAUCCCCUGGACAGUGA